AUGAUGCAGAUUGAAUUUGUUGACACCAAUUCCCUCGGACAUACCGACCAGAUUAGUGCUGUUUUACAACCUGCAUUCGCUUCACGGCCGUCCGGGUCAGACGAAAAUGUGUUCAUCUGGCCACGAAGGUCUACUGAUUUCAGAUCUAGUUCCCUUCGCAACCCAACACCGUCUGAACCUGCCAACACCUUGGGAGAUCCAUUUACUCCUGGUUUAGCUAUCCACUCUCUGGAAGAUGCACUUCAUCAACCGUAUUCCACAGGGGCUUCCUCAGAUCGAUUCACAAACCACACUUUUUCUCUCACGAGUCGGUACAUACAACCAAACAUUUUUGGAGGUAGUUCGUUAUCUCAGUUCCAUCCCCGCUCUGCGCUUAUGGCACUGCCAAACGUAGACCAAGCUGCUGGAACUGCAGCUGAUCCGAGUUCCAAUGCAGAUGACUUCAUCGAGUUAGACUUGUGUAGUCGUUCUGUUCCAUAUAUGCUUGAUGGAGACGGAAGCGAUCACGAAAUGUAUUCUUUACGGCAGCUGCCAUUGCAGUUUUCGCGACCAGAUUCAGGACCACUAGGGAGAACCGACCAAGCGCAUCAUGAGUCAGAGUCAGAUGCGCAUGGAUUGCUUGCUAACCGGAAUUCGUCAUCAUUAUGUACAACCGAUCGUCUCAGUUGUGUACUUUUUUCUAGUAUGAUCGGCCCAAUCAACGCACUACCACAGGUGCUCGAUGAUAUCAGCUCAAAUUGUCGACAACGUAUACUUACCGGCUUACGAGAGAACACCAGACGCACUCGGAAAGGCUUGCGGCUUCUACAUCGGUGUGGCCUAGAAGACCUUUGCGCCAGUCUUUAUGGUCUUCGGAAUAUUGAAACCAACUUGAUCUCAGUUCAUCAACCGACCUUAGAGGCGCCUGCUGUAUCCCGCUCAUCUUCGGCAGCCUCAACCACUGUUCAAGCUGUAUUCUCUUACAUGGACUCGUCUGUGAUCCGCUCAUCGUCGUUCACUUCAGCCGCUUUGGUUUCUCCCCGUCGAUCGACUGUGCCGCGGGACUAUUUUCAGAGUGGAGAGUUGUGCACACAUCUGUGUGACAGAGAAAUUUCUUGGCCAUCCCCGAAUCAAAACAAUUGCCUAGUCAACUACAUUCUAUCUUGUAGUCAUUUGGGGUCCUCGUUGCUCUGUCCAAACUUCAGCAGUCUUUCACACCUGGGAUCUGUGCAAAUGGAGCCCCACAUUUCCACUCCAUGGGUCACUGUAUCAAGCCAUUUAUCCGCAGCUGACUGGCGUCGUGGUUGUGCUUCCAAGCUUGUUGACCUACUCACUUCCCAUUCAAGCUGUGCCUCUAAGUCCUCGCGGACAACUGUGAGCCGUCUGGUUGCUGGCCGAUUUCUGAUGGGUGUACAUGCCUGGCGAACUGUAUGGCCGUACCCAAUCAGCAUGGCCUCACGAGCUCGGAUUUCUAAGAUCCGUGGACAUUCGUUGUGUGAGGAGCUAAUCGAAUGGAUUUCCGCAUGGAUUCAACGCGGUGCAGUGAUUGUGUUGGCCCAACUGGUCGUGGACACGAGCGAUUCACGACCGACGUCGGACAUGAACGGGAUAACUGCUAAUGAAUUGCUCUGGUGCCAUCGGGUGAUCUACGGUGUGUCGCAAAAAAGCGAGAUAUACCUGUCCAAUCCGACUGAACUGGUGCCGGUGAAUAAUAUUUUGCUGGAACUGUCUCGGCAAACCACUCUGCGCUUAUCCAAAUCAACUCUAGACGAGCUGUGGGCGGAGCACCUGAGCUACGUUCGCCCAUCAUCUCCGGUCUCGUCCCAGUUGUCGGUGAAAAAGGUUUCCGCAUCUACGAAUGAUCCCAGCAGUUCAAAUAAUGGCAUCAGUCAUCUGCGCGCGUCUGCGAGAGAGGUGACUCGGACUAACCGGGACAGUGAGAGACGGCAAGUCGUGGGUACUGGAAAUAUGGACGGUGGAGGAUUGAAUGACAGAGAUGAACAACUGAACGAGCGAAUCCGUUCGGAUGACGAUCAAUCCACUAUACCUAUUGAAUCGCACCCACAUCGUUUCUGUGUUGGAGAUUUUUCACCACUAGCGUGUCAACCAGAUCCCCGCUGGAACGAAAUGAAUGUGCUA